AUGGAUCAGACCUUAUUUGCUCCGACUGCGAUAUCCAUGUUCUUUGCCGUUACAUCUGCAAUGGAAGGCAAGAAUCCCAUCGCCCAAGUCAAAGAGAAGCUGGGGCCGACUUAUAAGAUGAAUUUCUUACUAUGGCCUUGGGUUCAGCUCUUGAACUUUACUUUGGUUCCUUUACAAUAUCGAUUGUUGUUUGUGAACACCGUCAAUUUAGCUCAAUGA